AUGGCUGUAAAUCCACCUAGAACACCAACCAGGUCCCGUAGUGUUGUAAUUACUCUCUACCUGGCCAUGACCUCAUUCAAGGGACCCCCUCUACUGUGGAUGUUAUUGGCUGCCUGCCUCUGGCACAUUACUCCCGUGCUUGGGAGCACUGAGUUCUGGCAUCAUCAGAUACCAAUUUUUAUGCCACCCGACCCCUCAAGACCUUGUCGACACGCCUUCAGGGAUGACCCGGAGACGAGUGCGCUUCUUGCGGACUUCGUCGUCAUCGGCAAACCAACGCCUACCUACCAACACCGUCCUGGAGUUCUGUACAACGCCAGCGUCCUCGUAGAACAGGUGUUAAAGCGACCCCGAUUUUCGAUUUACCCUGUUCGUGAGGGCUACCCCAUACUAACUGGUCCCUUCUCGCAGUGGACUGAUUUGGGACGCUGUUGGCUGAACGUGCGGUCGAGGAUAAGGUACAUCUUUUUCAUCGAGCGACCGAAUUGGGCUGGAUUUUUUCGUAUCUCCCAAUUACCCCUUGCCUACACGACUCAGCACUGGCAGAAGAUUCGGACAAUAUUGAAAAAACCCCGUAAGUGUUAG